AUUUAUAAUGAAUCCUAUAAAAUACAACGACGAUGAUAAACUCAAAUUUGCACAAUGUAAUUAUCAUACUUUAUCCUCAUAGUUUUCCCUUACCAAAAUAUAGAAAAUAUAGGCUCUAGGACACAGAGAAGUCAUACACUCUAUAGUAACUCAACUUAAGACAACCUGUAAUAUAUUCAAUUAUAAUUUAAAGUAUUCAAUAACAAAAUUUGUUUCAAAACAAUAUCAAAUAAUCUUAGAUCAAUUUUUUUAAAAAAGUAGAGCAACAAAAGGGAUCAAAUAACGAACAAAACAAAGAAAAAAUUGUGCCUAAGAUAUAAAAUUUCAAUAUUAUCUCUAAUACUACACAACAAAAUGCAAAUAAUGCUAAAAAAUACACUAACUUAUCUCAAAUGCCUCUACCUAUACCUCAAUUCCAAUCUAAUAAUUCGUAAACUAUUGUUCCUAAAAUAAAAAUUUAAGAAAACUAAUAGUUUAAGAAAAUCCAUACCUUAGAAGUUUGCAGCUAGUGUUUCUAACCUAAGAAUGCAGAUCAUCAGUGUAAUGAUGAAUAUGGACUCAUCAAUUGUCCAUAUUGUCAUGAACCCAUAGUUAGAAACUUUUUGGAUGAACACCUUGUUGACUGUAUACCCUACAUAGAAUAUUAAUUCUAAAACUUGGAUAAAAAAGAAGAAUGCUCCAUUUGCAUGGAAGAAUUGGUAAAGGAUAAAAAAUCAUUAAAAUGUUCUCAUUCUUUUCACAAAAGUUGUAUUGAUGCUUGGAAUUAGAAAAGUCUUGAUUGCCCUGUCUGUAGGAAACCAAUAUGA